AUGCACGCUAAACUACCAUCCCUCCUCUUUCUCUCUUCUCUUUCCUCUCUCACCCUUGCCGAAGAUAUCCUAGGUCUGUACAUCUUCCACCGUCACGGAGACCGUACCGCCAAGGCCUGGAAGCCUGUCAACUUCACUGCUCUCGGAGCCGACGAGGUCCACUCCUCCGGAUCUUGGUAUCGCGACACUUAUGUGAGCGAAGAUGCGCCCCGAAAGAUCUCCGGCCUGAGCACCGAAUCAGCUGCCCUGUCUCAAUUGGAUGUUACAUCUCCCGUAGACGCUGUUCUCCAGAACUCAGCUCUCGUCUUUCUCCAAGGUCUUUACCCUCCUACCAAGCAGGUUGAGACUCUGGCCAAUGGCUCCAAGAUUGAGGCCCCUCUGAGCGGAUAUCAGUAUAUCCCCAUUGCUUCGGUUGAAACAGCUGCUAGCGAUAAGCACUCGGAGAGCAACGCUUGGCUGCAGGGCAACAGUGGCUGCACCAACGCUGAAGCUAGCUCAAACGCCUACCUUUCGUCUUCCUCGUAUGCUCAGACCUACAAGGAGACUGAAGACUUCUACCAGAGCCUUCUCCCCGUUAUUGAGAAGACCUACGGAAAGGAUGAGGCCAACUUCAAGAAUGCCUACACAAUCUUCGAUCUCAUCAAUGUCGCCCGUAUUCACAACUCCAGCAUCCCCUCUGACGACCUUCUCACGGAAUCCACUCUGGACAAGCUCUUUAACCUCGCCUCCAUCCAACAGUGGAACCUUGCCUACAACAGCAGCGAGCCAGUCCGUGCCAUUGCCGGCUCCGUUCUCGCUGGCCAGAUUAUUGAGGCUCUUGAACCUAUUGCCGAGGGCAAGAAAGCUCCCAAGGUGAACAUCCAGUUCGGCGCCUACGCCGCUUUCAUGGCUUUCUUCGGUCUGGCCGGUCUUGACAAGGCCAGCUCUGAUUUCAAGGGUAUUGUCGACUACGCUUCCUCCAUGGCCUUCGAGCUCGUCACAAACGCCACCAACCCUACCGUUGACGAUGUCAGUGUCCGUUUCUACUUCGCCAACGGCACUGCUGCUGAGAACACCCCCAAGAUGUUCCCUCUUUUCGGAGAAGAUGCGACCACCAUCUCCUGGAAGGACUUCAAGAGCGGCAUGUCUGAAUUUGCUAUCGAGGAUACCGAGCACUGGUGCAAGCUCUGCGGAAACACCGAUGGUACCUGCGCUAGCAGCUCUGACGAGGAUGAUUCUGCUUCUUCCAACUCGAACUCUGGGGACUCAAGCAAUGGUAUUUCCAAGCCUGUUGCCGGUGUCAUUGGAGCUCUUGUUACUCUGGUUGUCAUCCUGUGUGUCCAGGUGGCCGUUAUUUUGCUUGGUGGCCUGCGUCUCGUCAAGAAGUCAACUCUUACUUCUACCGGUGCUGCGGAACCUGGUAUGGCAAAGGCUUAA